CAGAGCACUGGGGCCACCCCCACACGCUGUCCCCAGCUGCCACAUCCACACCCGACUGGAAAAGGAUCUUGACUUUCUGGUUAGUUUCACCAGUUAUCCCUGAGGUGAAAGUGGAUGUGGAACGAGCAGGGAAUUAAGGAAAUUGUGAUGAACUUGAAAGAGAAGCAACUUUACACCACCUUACCGAAAGCAAAAUCCAUUUAUCAAGGAUUAAAAAACAUCCUCAUCCUCACUGCUUCUGCAGGGAACCUGUGCUGGAAAAAGAUCUGAGGCUGCUUUGUGUGGGGCUUUCAAAAAGAAAAAACUUCCAGGUUUGAACAGGAUUUUUAGCUGUGUUUUUUUUUUCUCUUAUUUUUCCUGGAGAAGGAAUUUUGCAGUGGACAGUAAAUGCCAGCUUUGCUCCGGCUCAGGGCAGGGAGCAGUGAUUGGUUUGGGGUCAUCUCGGAGCUGUGACUCAGCGCCUGGGCACCGAAAUCAGGCAUCUCUUGUGCAGAAAUCACAAUCAAUUUCUGUGCUCAUUUGCAUUGAGGACCCUCAAAUCUGACUGGAAUGAUUAUUUCCCCCCUCGAACCCUCUCACUGCAUUCCCAGUGACUCACCUCGUGGAUUCACACACUCUCCCAGCUCCCAGGGCACAGCCAGAUCCCACCUGAGCCAAAUGCAGAGGGAUCCGGCUCCAGAGGGAAGAGCAGCAGGAGCAGAGGGAGCUCAGACCCCUCUCGCUCCCGGCAGCAAAUCCCAGCCUGGCCACGGAAGGGAUCUGGGAAUUCUACAGGAGCACCAGCAGGAGAAGAGGAGAGAGGAGAGGGAGGAAGAUUUGCAGCAAAGCCUCCCCAGCCCCGGAGGUGAGCUCUGACUCCUGGGAGCAGCAGAGGAGGGGAACUGGGGUGGGAGGCAGGAGGGAAAAUCCAAACUCCAAAAAUCCAAAAAUCCAAAAAUCCAACAAUCCUGUCAGCAGAGACCUGGAAAGGACCGAGAGCUUCCGGAACUUUUCCUGGGCUGGCAGCAGGACUGGGUUGCAGCCGGGGCUUCGGAGCUGCUGUGGGAGCAGGGGAAAAGGAAAAGCGGGCUCUGGAUGCUGAUGGAGCCUUGAGCAGCUGAGAAACCUCGGCAGGACGGGACAAACGGGGCAGCCAUGGACGGGUUUCACCCCUCGGCAGGAGGAGCUGGGCAGGACGCGCUCAGUGCCACCAGCUGGGCAGAACCAAGCCACUCCCCGCUGUCCCUGCGGGUGGUGACAGCCGCCUGCCUGUCCCUGCUCAUCCUCUGCACGCUGCUGGGGAACGCCCUGGUGUGCCUGGCCGUGCUCAGGUUCCCGCACCUGCGCUCCAAGGUCACCAACCUGUUCGUGGUCUCCUUGGCCGUGUCCGACCUGCUGGUGGCCGUCCUGGUGAUGCCCUGGAGAGCUGCCAGCGACGUGCUGGGCUUCUGGCCCUUCGGGGCUUUCUGUGACCUCUGGGUGGCUUUUGACAUCACGUGCUGCACGGCCUCCAUCCUCCACCUGUGCCUCAUCAGCGUCGAGCGCUACUGGGCCAUCGCCGACCCCUUCCGCUACCAGAGGAGGGUGACACAGCGCCUGGCCUUCGUCACCAUCGCGGUGGCUUGGCUGCUGUCCCUCCUCAUCUCCUUCAUCCCCGUGCAGCUGCAGUGGCACCAGGACCGGGAGCUGCCCGGCCGAGAGCAGCUGGGGUCUAACGGCUCUGCGGAGGAGGGGAGCUGCGAUUCCAGCCUCAGCAGGACCUACGCCAUCUCCUCGUCCCUCAUCAGCUUCUACAUCCCCGUUGCCAUCAUGCUGGGCACCUACGGGCGCCUCUUCCGCAUCGCCCGGCGCCAGCUCCGCGGGAUCUCCUCCCUGGAGACGCCGGCGGGACGCGCCCGGGGCUGCCCGGGCAGCAGCGACUGCCCCUGGGAAACCUCCCUGAAAAACUCCCUCAAGAAGGAGACCAAGGUGCUGCAGACCCUCGCCAUCAUCGUGGGCGUCUUCGUGUGCUGCUGGCUGCCCUUCUUCGUGCUCAACUGCCUGGCGCCCUUCUGCGAGCGCGGGCCCCGCGCGGCCGGAGCGCUGCCGUGCGCCAGCGGGGCCGUGCUCAGCACCUUCACCUGGCUGGGCUGGGCCAACUCGGCCCUCAACCCCAUCAUCUACGCCUUCAACGCCGAGUUCCGCGGGGCUUUCGCCGCCCUGCUGGGCUGGGGCCGCCCGUGCCGCGGCGGCGCCGUGCAGACGGUGGCCUUCAGCAACGAGCUGGCGUCCUUCCACCCCGACACGUCCGAGCGCAGGGCUCUGCGGACCCUCAGCCCGCCCCGGCCGCUGCCCCACGCUGUGCUGCAGGUGGAAAACCCCGAGGUGGCCUCGGAGAGGGUUUCUCCGGGCUCGUCCCCCGCUCAGAUGCCCCUUCCUGAGUGUGGAACCCCGGUGUGGCCGGGGAGGAUUGCCCCAGCAGCGCCUUCCCUUGAGCCUGGGUGGGAAAAGGGCGGCGGGAAGGCCUCCAGCAGAGAGAGGAGCUGGGACCUUCCUGCCACGCCCGUCCUCUGAGGAGCUGAGGAUGAUGAGGGUGCUCCACUCUGC